AUGGCAGACAUGCUGGGACUGGUGGAGAGACUGGAGUGCGCGGUCAACCGGUUGGAGCAGCUGUCUGCAGGUCCAUGUGGACCUCCUGGAGACUGUGGAGAAGUCAAUGGUGUCAAUGGAGGCGUGGCACCGUCUGUGGAAGCCUUUGACAAGCUGGUGAACAGUAUGGUGGCUGAGUUCUUGAAGAAGAGCCGAGUCCUUUCGGGUGAUGUAGAGACUCAUGCGGAAAUGGUACACAGCGCUUUUCAGGCCCAGCGUGCUUUCCUUCUCAUGGCCUCUCAGUACCAACAGCCCCAGGAGAAUGAAGUGGCUGUCCUUCUGAAACCCAUAUCAGAGAAGAUUCAAGAAAUCCAGACUUUCCGAGAGAGAAACAGAGGGAGCAGCAUGUUCAACCACCUCUCUGCAGUCAGCGAGAGCAUCCCCGCCCUGGGGUGGAUAGCUGUGUCCCCCAAACCUGGUCCUUAUGUCAAGGAGAUGAAUGAUGCUGCCACCUUUUACACUAACAGGGUCCUGAAGGACUACAAACACAGUGACCUGCGCCAUGUGGAUUGGGUGAAGUCUUACCUCAACAUCUGGAGCCAGCUUCAAGCCUACAUUAAGGAGCACCACACUACAGGCCUCACUUGGAGCAAAACAGGUCCUGUGGCAUCCACAGCAUCCGUGUUUUCCGUCUUCUCCUCUGGGCCUGGUCUCCCGCCACCUCCUCCACCACCACCUCCUCCUGGGCCCCCUCCACUUUUUGAGAAUGAGGGUAAAAAUGAGGAGUCUUCUCCUUCUCGCUCAGCUUUAUUCGCCCAGCUUAACCAGGGCGAAGCCAUCACAAAAGGGCUCCGGCAUGUCACAGAUGACCAGAAGAUAUACAAGAACCCCAGCUUGAGGGCUCAAGGACAAACUCGAUCUCCAACCAAAACCUACACUCCAAGUCCUACAUCUCCGAAGUCGAAUUCUCCCCAGAAACACGCUCCAGUGUUGGAGCUGGAAGGGAAGAAAUGGAGAGUGGAAUACCAUGAGGACAAGAAUGACCUUGUCAUCUCAGAGACCGAGCUGAAGCAAGUGGCUUACAUUUUCAAAUGUGAAAAAUCCACUCUUCAGAUAAAAGGAAAAAUAAAUUCCAUCACUGUUGAUAAUUGCAAGAAGUUUGGCCUGGUGUUUGAUAAUGUGGUGGGCAUUGUGGAAGUGAUCAACUCCAAGGACAUUCAGAUCCAGGUAAUUGGAAGAGUGCCAACAAUUUCCAUUAAUAAGACAGAAGGCUGCCACCUGUAUCUCAGUGAAGAUGCACUAGACUGUGAGAUCGUGAGUGCCAAGUCAUCUGAGAUGAAUGUCCUGAUCCCUCAGGGUGAUGAUUAUAGAGAAUUUCCCAUUCCUGAGCAGUUCAAGACCGUAUGGGAUGGAUCCAAGCUGGUCACCGAACCCGCUGAAAUCAUGGCCUAA